AUGUCGGCAGCAUCCCUCACCCGCUCCUUGGCGAGACUCAGUCUGGCUUCUGGCUCGCAGGCCACUCGCGUCGUCGUGCGAUCACCGGCCAGGCUCGUCGUCCCGGUCGCCUCCUCGUCAUUCCGUCUUUCAGCGCGCACAUAUGCUACACCUGCCUCUGCACCCAUCCGACUUGGAAACCUUCAACCCGGUCAGCCCACCAAGAACCGCAAGCGACUGGGUCGUGGUCCAUCGUCCGGUCGCGGUGGUACGAGUACUCGCGGUCACAAAGGUCAAAAGGCGAGAGCCGGUAACGGCAAGCCUGUACCCGGUUUCGAAGGCGGUCAGACUCCUCUGACCCGUCGUUAUCCCAAGCGUGGCUUCAACAAUGUUCACGGUCAGACAUUCGUCGCGGUCAACCUGGACAAGAUCCAACACUGGAUCAACCGCGGCCUCCUCGACCCCUCGCGUCCCAUCACCGCCAAGGAGCUCUACGAAACACGCUGCAUUCACUCACUCAAGGACGGCGUCAAGAUCCUCGGCGAAGGUGCUCCGCAUCUUGAGUCGCCCGUCAACCUGGUCGUCUCGCGUGCCUCACAAUCCGCCAUCUCGGCCAUUGAGGCUGCAGGCGGAAGCGUAGAGUGCAGAUACUACACGCCGCUCAGUCUGAGGGCAUUGGUCAAGCCGCACAAGUUUGCAGGCAAAAUCUUGCCGCGUCCCGCCGACCCUAUCAACAAGAAGGACCUCGUCUGGUACUCUUCGCCUCGUAACCGUGGCUAUCUCGCGAAGCGCGCAGCGUUGACCAAGGCCCUCGCUGCUGAAGCGGCGGCUGCUGAGGAGACUGCACCAUCAGCGACUUCGGCUUGA